GUAACCGUUUAAGCUGUGUCAAGGUCACAUGCCAACAAUAACAAGAAGACCGUUUGACUUUGGCAAUCUACGUAAACAACGCAGCACCACCGUGUUGGUAUCGGCUUUUAAUUGACAGCGAUUUCUGCAUAAAAGAGCAUCAUGGCUUCUUCCACUGGUUUUGUGAAAGGCCAUCGGCGCACCUCCAGUGACGUUGAGUUCAAGGAGAAAACGAGACUGGAUGCCAAGGCUGCUAUGAACCAGGAGCUGCUCAGGAUUGCAAACACAGUCACCGGAAACAAACAGAGAGUGUUGUCGGAGUUUGAAGAAUUUGAGAAGCUGUUUCACCGCUACCUGACGGAAAGUCCGUCAGUUGACUGGGACAAACUGCAUCUCCUGCCAAAUGAAGCUAUUAAGGCGUACAAGGACCUGCCGGCGCCGGCGGAGACAGAGGUGAAGGCCCUGCUGGACCAGCUGGUGGUGGUGAAGCUGAACGGAGGGCUGGGUACCGGCAUGGGCUGCACCGGACCGAAGAGCGCCAUCAGCGUGCGCAACGAGCUCACCUUCCUCGAUCUCAACGUGCAGCAGAUUGAGACCCUGAACAGGAAGUACGAUGCUGACGUGCCCCUGGUGCUGAUGAACUCCUUCAACACUGAUGAGGACACAGAGAAGAUCCUGGCCAAGUACAACCAGGUCCGGGUCAACAUCUUCACCUUCACACAGAGCAGAUAUCCUCGAGUCAACCGAGAAUCUUUGUUGCCCAUAGCUACAAAUUUUGGACCUGAAAGUGCAGAAGGCUGGUACCCACCAGGUCACGGUGAUAUCUACGCCAGCUUCUACAACUCGGGGCUCCUGGAAGAGUUUAUCAAGCAGGGCAAGAAGUACAUGUUUGUGUCUAAUAUUGACAAUCUGGGGGCCACUGUUGAUCUCAACAUUUUGAAGGAUCUUUUACAAUCAAGUACAACACAUGAGUUUCUGAUGGAAGUUACAAAUAAGACAAUGGCGGACAUCAAGGGUGGUACAUUGGUUGAAUAUGAAGGAAAAUUGCGUCUGCUUGAAAUUGCUCAAGUACCCAAAGAUCAUGUUGAUGAAUUUAAGAGUAUUAGCAAAUUCAAAAUUUUCAACACCAACAACUUGUGGGUGAAUUUGGAAGCAAUCAAGCGUGUCAUUGACGAAAAAACUCUGCAUAUGGAAAUCAUUGUCAAUCCAAAGACGCUGGACAAUGGCCUGAAUGUCAUUCAACUGGAGACAGCCGUCGGAGCAGCUAUUAAAAGUUUUGAUGGAGCCAUGGGCAUCAACGUUCCUAGGAGCCGCUUCCUGCCAGUGAAGACGACAUCAGACCUGCUGAUCAUCAUGAGCAACCUGUACAGCCUGCGUGCUGGCUCUCUCAUCAUGAACCCCAAACGGGCCUUCCCCACAGUGCCCCUCAGCAAGCUAGGCUCACACUUUAGCAAGGUGAAGGAUUUCCUGUACAGGUUUGCCAGCAUACCUGACAUCCUGGAGCUGGAUCACCUCACAGUGUCUGGAGACGUCACCUUUGGCAGGAAUGUCACUCUCAAGGGCACUGUGAUCAUCAUAGCCAACCACGGAGACAGGAUUGAUAUUCCGUCCGGAGCAAUUCUUGAGAACAAGAUUGUAUCAGGAAACCUCCGCAUUCUUGACCAUUAAUGCGGAACAUCUGACAUUAUCGGUCAUUUGUGCUGGACAUCUGUCAUGGCCGGUCAUUAGUGAGGGUGAUGUUGUAGGACAUUUGACAUGGCCUCUAUUAGCUAAGUUCUUGUCUGCAGGUAAAGCCAAGGAUUUGUUAUUGGCUUUACCGGCAGAAAAUAACCAGUUUUAUCAUAAAAAUUGUAAGCAAAUAAAUAAAAAGCCCUUUUGUUGCAAUCAAUCAAAUCCUUCAAUGUUUUAAUACAGACAAGUCAUGUCAUGAGAUUGAGAAAUUGAGAAAUUUCUUUGUCAUGAGGUUUUAUGUGCUGAUCUGAUCUUUGCAACAUGUGGGAAAGUGUGAUAGGAACAAUGAGAGAUGCAUGUGUGAAGGUGUAGUAGCUUUUAUGUGUUUGUUGAUUGAAACUAAACUUCAAACAAUCAGAAUUAUGCAUUGGUUGUGUAGAAAUGUUACCUGUUAAUUAUUGCAGAUAUAUCUUGCUGUUUUUAAUUUGUGUUUUAACUACUGAUAUUUAGAUGAAUAAGCAAUUUAGUUUUUCGUUGACGAUAGACAGCGAAUUUAAUUAUGUGACAUUUAAUAAUGAUCAGAGCUGUGAAAUGCCAUCACAAUCAAAUAUUAUAGUCCUGUAUAGAUGGGACCUGCAGAAGCAAGUCUCAGUGCACAUGUGUGUAGGGUGUGAAUGUUGUAGGAUGAUGUUUUUGUUCUUUAUGUGGGUUGUUUUUUUAUUAGCUUACCUUGACACCAGUUUUUAAGGCAUGUGUGAGUAAAAAAAAUAUUUUACAUUUGUGGGACUUUUUGUAGUUGUUUCAUGCCAUAAAACAGUAUAAAAUUAUCACCUACAUUUUUAGCUCGGCUGUUUUUGGAGAAAACCCGAGUUAUUGUCAUAGCCAGCUCGUCGUCUGCCGUCCGCCAUGAUAAAACCUUAAAAUUGGCUCUAAAAUCAAAGUGCUUCUACCUACAACUUUGAAACUUCAUAUGUAGAUGCACUUUGAUGAGUUCUACAAGCCACACCCAUUUUUGGGUCACUUGGUCAAGGUCACUGUGACCUCUUUAAAAAAAAAAAAAAUCUGACAAGCUUUCAUUUAUUCAAAACUGGAUCCACAGCCAAGUGUUGGCACCUGUUAUGCGGUGCGCUUGUUUAGUUCUUCUGGCAUGUUGAUUUUAGGAAAAUUACAGUUAUGAGCCAUGCUCUAUAAAAAGGGGGUUUAAUGCAUGUGCGUAAAGUGUGUCGUCCCAGAUAAGCCUGUGCAGACACUUUCUGCUUUUAUGAUUAUUUUCUUCUCUAAAGUGUCUGGUUAGCCUGUGUGGACUGCAUGGGCUAAUCUGGGACGACACUUUAUGCACAUGCAUUUAACCCCUUUUUCACAGAGAGCGGCUCAGAUUACAGAUAUUGAUUUGCUCUCAUGUGCAUUCAUUAUCUCCUUUCUAGUGCCAUUAUAUUUUCUGUGAUUAUUGGGUUUGAAUUCAAAAUUGUUCUGUUAAGCAAAAACUGACUACUGUUUAUUGUUCUUUAUCCUAGUUUUUUCAAUAUAAAUACUUAUUAUUCUAUGUUAUGUGAAGUUUGUUGAUCUGGUUGGGAAAGAUUUGUAUUAGCCUCUACAUUCAACGUCAAUUUAAUAUGACUUUAGUCAUAAGGUAUAAUUGUCUUGCUGUGCAUUUCCCCCGAAUUAUUUGCCCUUAAAGAUAGCUACCAAAGCAGAAAGGUGUAUUAGAAAAGUUUGAGACAAGGCUCCUUUUCCCAUUUAAAUUUAAUGAGAAAUUUUGAUCAUAUAAGGGUUUAUUCUGUGAAAUUCUCAUCAACAAGUAAUGUCGCCAUGGUGUAAUGGAUAUGGUGUCCGCCUAGCAAGUGGGAGAUCACAGGUUCAAUCCCCACUGUGGAAGGUUUCUUUAGAUCUCACCAAGACACCAAGUACUGGUUUUAGGCCCAGGAAAUGGACGUGUUUCAAAUAAGUAAUUAAAUGCAAUAUAUAUAUAGAUAUAUAUAUAUAUAGGUUUAAACUAACUAAGAAACCUUGGCAGCAUGUGUAGAAAGUUUUUAGUGUAUCAAUACACAAUUUUGACAUUUGUUUAUAUUAAACUUCGUCCUAGGUGAGUCAUACUGUGUCAUGUGUUUGCUUUCAAUUAUUUAUACAUGUAAACUGUAUGUACCUUGUGCUAUGUUUGUUAUUGCUAUCACUUAUAAUUAAGAUGUUUCUAUUAGAUGAGUUUUAAUAUACAACUACGGGACAAAUAAAAUGUAAGAGACCUG